CUGGCGGAUUAAUUUAGAUCCGUUCAGCCAGCGCGCUUAAUCUUACUUCAUGCAUGUUUUUAUGACUUUUCUCUUUAAAAAUUGGUAACAGAAAGCGUAGAAUUUUUUGCUUGUUCUUCUGAUAUAUGGCAUUAAACAUUGUGUUGAUUCUGUAACAUGUCGUCGACCAAAAUGUCGCCCAUAGAGUUUCACCAUCUAAACAUCCAGGGGCUGCCCUAUGACAGCUAUCAUAAGCUUGAUUUACUGUCAGAUUAUCUCUGCACUGAUGAUAAUAUUCCCAAAUUCUUCGCUGUUACUGAAACUCAUCUUCGUCCUUCGGAUCCUGACCAACUAUUUUUUAUUCCUGGAUACUGUUUGUUUCGUUGUGAUCGUCCUAAUAUUCAUGGUAAAUCUCGUGGUGGUGGAAUUUUGUGCCAUGUUCCUCAGCAUAUAACGGCUGAGCGCGUCGAGCUGAAGUACCGUUCUAAGGGGUUUGAGUGUCUAUGGCUAAAAUUGUCUGUUUCACAUCGGAAAAUUAUUAUUGGUACUGUUUAUCGUCAGCCAGAUUCGACUUCCACUGAAACAAAAGCUUUGUUUAAUCAUUUGCGGGAAGUUUUACUAAAACAUCCGGACUGCGAUCAUAUUGUCAUGGGUGACUUUAACAUCGAUUCCUCCCCUGGUUCGUCGAGCCCCUAUGUUAAACUGUUCAGAGAUUUUGUGGAUGAAUUUUCUUUCGAAGAUAAGGAUUACGACACUGCGACCGUCUGGAUCAUACCGUCGGUGCGUCGCACAUACCUGCAAGAUUGUAAGAAUGAACCUACCAGGCUACCACUCAUUCACCGGAUUACCAAAACUGCCGAAUUGUGUACGGCCUCGGCCGCGUGCGGCAAUCUACAUCCAACACCUUAACAGUUAAUCAUGGCCAGCGCUUAUUACCGUUUUUAUCCCACCACAGAUCGCUUCCUGUGCGUGCCCACCAUCCUGACCGUUACCGUGCGGCAACGUUGAUCUUCCCAAAGGGUGGCGGACGAAAGUUCGAGAAGACUCUAUGGAAGGAUUUUAUAUGAGUAUGAUUGCAGCAAUUAUCCACGCUUGACUUGUACUAUUUUCCUGUUGAUGAAGCUGUGACCGCUUAAUAAUAAAAUGACGUAGUAGAAUUCUCUUCGGUUCCUGAUUAUGUAUUAGUUACGAUGUUUUCCUCCAUAGCCGUCGCGCCCUUGUUAUUUUAUCGCGCACGCGGCAAAAUGUGUGUCUUCUUGUUUUAUUUCGCUUAAUGCCGUGACGCCGCCGCGGAAUUCGGGAUUAUUUUGUUAACGCUCUGUGUAUAUACCGGAAUAGUGAAAGUACAGCAGUUCUGUAAAAGGAAAAAUCGUGUGGUUUUUUCUCUCUUAAACGGCCAGCCGGAUGUUUCGCCUGAUACAGCUUUCCAGUACCCGACUUCCCAAUAAUGGCAUUUUACGAACUACAAGCAGCUGCAGGAUGCGAAAUCCAGCAUAAACCUGCACGGGAACGCGCACCACUGGUGCGUAAUUCCUAUAACAGCAACUUUUCUUAUGUUUUCUUAACAAUUCCACCGUAUGUUGUUUCGGGAACUACGUGAACUGAAAACGACAACUUCACAAACGCCAUACAAACCUGCAUGGAGAAAUCAGCUUAAAACGGAAAUAAAAUCUUACAGCUGUUUCCCAGCACGCAGGGCGGAAACUAUUCUCAGUCCCAACCGGUGUGCCGUUGCCGGCAACUCCAGUCUCUUGAAUCUGCACCCAAGGAUCUAUCAACCGGCACGGCAGUUGUGUGCCGUAUCCGGUCUCUCGUUAUACCGGCAACAUAUGUGUAUAUAAAAGCUAACAUUACGUCGUCAUUAGAAUCGACAGACGAAACUUACAUUGUACACCUCUACCGGCAUUUUAGUAUUUUACACUCCACCCGGCAUCUUUUACGCCUCAGUGCCUGCUUAAAGACAGUCCCCGCCGGCCAUGACCGGCGCUAAUCACUCGCGCCCGCGUCCCGCGACUUUCUCACCUUAACGCGCCACGUUGUACAUAUUUUGUGUGUGCUGAUCAAAUCGAUGCGCACUCGUAAUAACAUAACAUAUAUCUGGGUAAAGAAAUGUACACAUUCAAUCUCCGGUGUUUCCUCUCCAUUAUCUUCAUUACGGAUUAUGUUACGGCGAUGAACAUCACGAUCAUGGUGUACGGGAUGUGGGCGCCGGGCUAUCUGCAGAAUCUUAUCUUCACCGGGCCCGGAUUUGAUUUGGGGGUGCAGCGCGCCAAUGCGUUGUACGGGGGGAAUAUCAGUAUGGAGGUGGUGUAUGUGGCCAAGCGCAUGGGACCGGAUUCCGACCCGGACGUUGUAAAGUUUUGCCCCGAUAUGCCGGCCAAUUAUUAUCAGGUGGCCAUGUACUAUUAUCGGCGGAUGCUGCGCGAUGACAACAGGAUAUUUGCCAACUUUUUUGCUGGGUGUGAUACCAAUACGGUCCUGGCUGAUUUUGGACGAGAGUGGAAUAUGUUCACGAUUUCUACUGGUUCAAUGCUGUCCAGUUUGCGCAGCCGUGAGCUUUUCCCUACCGCAGUUGCCUUUGGACCCUGGCAGUACCAGUAUUUCGGUCUAGUCGUCUACCGUUUCAUGCAGUUCUACAACUGGACCAGCGCCGUCCUCGUCUACGACACCUCUGGCGGUACGGUGUUCAAUCUGCGCGCUGCCGAAUCCAUUAUGCUGGAAUUCCGUACGAACAACCAACACACCCUGGAUAUCCACCCGUACCCUCUCAAUGUUACCGCCACCGCUGACUACUUCAGUGUGAUCAAAGAAAUAGCGGCCAUAUCGCGAGUGAUUUUCCUUUCGCUGCCCUCCAAAGAUGCCGUUAAAUUUCUGCGUGAUUUCGCGGCAUCUGGGGAGCCGGCACAUGAAUACGCGCGCAUCUUCUUGGAUAUCCCUGGAUGGCAAACCAGCCCGCUGGAGCCAUCAUAUAAUGCCAAGAAUAUGACGAAGGAAGAUAAACGCCUGCUGGAGCCGGUGAUAUUUUUGACAAUUUGUUUUGAUCAUGAAGAAAGUCAGGUGGCGGAUCUGAAGGAUCAAAUGAUGAGUCUGUCAAAAAGCCGGUAUAACGGGUCGUAUCCUCCUGGUAACCGACCUAAUGAGUUCGUGAUGACGGCGUACACAUCUGUACUUCUCUACGCUCAAGUUGUACAAGAACAUUUAGACGCCGGACUGGAUCCCAGCAAUGGCACCUCGAUAACAAAAUCCAUACUUAACCGAACCAUGACGUUUCCCCGCGUAGGAAGCGUUUACGUGGAUCAAUAUGGCGAGCGGCAGAAUAUUUUUUGUUUCUUAUCUUACCAGCAAGAUACUCGGUCCUACGAAAAAUUCUUACUUUAUGACGGAGCAACGACAUCGUUGCAUUACGUUCCCGAUGCCCGCGUCAACUGGAGUACACCGGACAAUAAUCCACCACCAAAUGUGCCAUUGUGUGGCUAUCGCAAGGAUCGGCCACCUUGUGUAAGACAGGACUACUUGUCCACUGGAGCGUUAGCCGGCAUCGUCGUCUCGGUAGUGCUAGUAAUUAUUCCGCUAGUUGGGUGUUUUUUCUGGCGGGCGCAACACCUUGGCACGGCUGACGAAUGGUGGAGACUCGAUCCCAGCUGUCUCAGCAAACGUAUUCACACCAGCAGCGCCAAGCAAUUGUCGAAAGAGCAGCAUACAAACAUGUUUUACAAAGGCAAACCGGUAUGGAGCAAAACCAUUCCUAUUCGGAGAAAGACAUUUCUUCACACCACCAACACGGUCAUCCCCAUAACUCCCGGGUUCAGGCGGGUUCUUGUGGAGAUACGGGCAGCCAUGGAUCGCAGCAACAACAUCAAUCCGCUUGUGGGCAUUGAACUGCAGCCGUACUACAUUAUCUGCUAUUCGGAGUUGUGUUCGCGCGGCAGUCUUCUAAACGUACUACAAGAUAUCCCGCUGGACUGGACGUUGCGCAGCUCUCUGAUAUCCGACAUUAUCGAGGGCGUCUCCACUAUCCAUGCUUCCAAACUGCUAAGUCACGGACAUCUUCAGCCGUCCAAAUGUCUGGUGGAUAAUCGAUUAACAUUGAAAAUCAGCGAAGUGGGCUUCCACCAUAUGCUGCGCGAACUGCACGUGGAAAUCUCAGAGAAUAUCAUUGCCGACCAGGCCACUUGGUUCGCGCCCGAAGUCCGCGCGGAACUGCGGAAGAAUGCGUUGUAUAUCACACCGCCUUCAGCGGAUAUCUACGCUGUGGGGGAGUUAAUGGACUGUAUUCUGCAGGACCAAGAUAAAGAACCAUUUGGCAAUGGUCACGUGACAACUCUAGCCGAUUCAAGCAUUCCGUUGACUGCUCAGCAAGUUCUGACCACUGUCAUCGAGUUGUGCCGCCACCCAGACCCGGCAAAACGGCCCACAAUUGGGCAGAUUGUUAAAAGCACUGAUAAAGUGUUGAAGAAUUCCGGGAAAUUUCUGGAUAAACUGUUCAGGCGACUGGAAGACUACGCUCAGCAGUUAGAACAAGCGGUAGCUUCGCGCACCCAAAUGCUCAAACUGGAGACAGAACGAUGCGACGCUUUACUGAGCGAAAUGUUGCCGAGGUACAUCUUAAUACAACUGCGGAUUGGCCACAUUAUUCAUCCGCAGAUGUUUCAGUCCGUGACCUUUACCUUCACCUACGUCACGGGAUUCGAUGAAUUUAUUCGACGGUGUAACGAUUCGCCGCUGGAUAUUGUUCUGUUCUUAGGAGCCAUGUUUACUAAUUUUGAUCGUAUUAUUGGAAAAUGUGAUUGCUACAAAGUGGAAACAGUCAAUGACAGCUGCCUGGUAGCAAGCGGGCUUCCAAUCGAAAACGAAGGUCAACAUGUAGCCAUAAUAGCUCGGCUAACACUCGAACUGCGGAACGCGUUUCUUCAUAGUUUAAUGACCAAUCAGCAGAGCCUUCAAUGCGGCAUUCACACCGGACCGUGUGCUGCCGGUGUUAUUGGGACUGCUCGACCGCGAUAUUGCGUUUUCGGAGACUCGGUCAAUAUGACCUCCAGAUUGGCGUCAUCAAGUCAAUCUGGGAAAAUUCAUGUGAGUGGUGCGGCAGCAAAGAUGCUCGAAGAGGAUGGAUCGUUCAAAAUACACGAACGGGGGCUGACCUUCUUAAAGGGCAUCGGUGAUACGAAAACGUACUGGCUUGACACCUGACAUUCUUCCUGUUUUACUUGUACUUCCAUUAUAAUCAUUUUUCAAACGUGGUUUCACAAGUGCUGCUUAAAAAGAAGAAUAUAACAGAUUUCCUUUACGAAAUUUGAAUAUCUUGCAUUCUGUAUCAGUAUUUACUCCUUUUAAUAAUUUUAAACGUGUUUUACUGUAACCGCCAUCAUCAAAGUGUGUAACGACUUUAUACUGCGAUUUCGAGCUUCUA